AUGUCCAUGUACGCAACUUCAGAAGGGGAUCUAUUUUCUGCGGUUGCAGGAAUAAAGCAAGAUACUGUCGCGCGAUUUGGCCAACUUGACGUUGCCGCCAAUGUUGUGAAUAUGUACCAAAGGCACCUGUCCCUCAUCACAGACCUCGAUGUCGAAGAUAUCCAAACCAUUAUUCACGGAAGGGUCUUCGGGCUCUUCGACUACCUCAAGGAGGAGCUAAAGGCCAUCAAAGACGGCGGCAGCAUCGUAAAUGUAGGGGGCGUCAUGAGCAAGUACGCGUCACCGGGUCUUUCGGCCUACGCCGCGGCGAAGCACGCAUUGGUUGGGUUGAACGAAGUGGCUGCGUUUGGAGCUGCUGUCAGGGUUGUCAGGGUUAAUAUGCAGUUCAGCGGGUCUAUUGAUACGGAUACAGAGGCGCAGCCUUUUCGGAUAGCGAGUGGUGUUGAGUUUACGAUGCCUGAGCCGGGUGUUCCGCGGUUGUUGAAGUGGUACGCGAAGCCUGAGGAGAUUGCGGCUUCGAUUACGUUCUUGUUGGAUGAUGAGAGCCAGAUGGUCACGGAAGCCGAGUGGUGUGUGUAUGGCGGAUGGGUCGAGGGGAAUUUUCUGCAGUGAAGAAUACUGCACCCUUGGUGCAAGUUUGGCAUGCUCCUAGCAGUCUUGGGGAGAGGACUGCUUACGAACCAGACAGCCAUCGCCAGCUAGCUUCAACGCUCCAUGAGAGCCACGACGUUGGUGGCGGGUAAAAUCAGCAAGCUUGAGCCGCAAGCUUGUAAGCACUUGGCAAGAC